AUGCUCCUGACUGUGGCCCUUGCCUCUGCCCUUCUCCUCAGCUCCGUGGCUGGCCAGGGGUGUUUGACCUUGGUAGGGAUCAAGGACGUCACGCACCUCAUUAAUAACCUACAGAAAGAUCCACUGUCAAAAUGCAGCUGUAGCGGCAAUGUGACCAAUUGCUUGUGUCUGCCCAUUCCUUCUGACAACUGCACCGCACCCUGCUUCCAGGAGGGCCUGGCCCAGAUGGCCAACACCACAGUGCGAGCAAGUUUCCCCCUGGUUUUCAAUCGGGUGAGGAAAACGGUCGGAGCCCUGAAGAGCAGCAAGUGUCCGAAUUUUUCCUGUGAACAACCGUGCAACCAAACCACCACAGGCAACACACUGACGUUUCUCAGCAGCCUCCUGGGAGUUUUCCAGAAAGAAAGGAUGAGAGGCAGAGCAUAA